CAGCAAAAAAAAAAAGAUAUCUAGCAAGUUGAAAUGAGAAAGAAGAUCAUAUGUGAAGACAAACUUAUGCCAAAAACUAGGAAAAGCUUCUGCACCGCCAUCGUCAGCAUACAAGUGAAAAACACUGAAUAAAACGUGGCAAAUGUGUGUAGAGAUUUUCUGAAUGUCAAUAUCAUUUUCUUGAGCUACUUCUCUUUGAAGACUCCAUAUUCAUGGCUAACUUAAGCUUCAUAGUUGGCAUACUUGGCAAUAUCAUUUCUAUACUGGUUUUUGCUUCUCCCAUAAAGACGUUCUGGAUAGUGAUGAAGAAGAAAUCGACUGAGAAUUACAAAGGGGUUCCGUAUAUAACUACCUUAUUGAGCACCAGUUUGUGGACUUUCUAUGGACUUCUCAAUCCGGAUGGUUUACUUGUUGUGACGGUGAACGGCACCGGCGUCGUUUUCCAGUCCGUCUAUGUCACUCUCUUCCUCAUCUACGCUCCCAAGGAUAAGAAGAUUAAGUCAGCAAAGUUGGUGGCCUUACUAAAUGUGGGUUUUGUGGGAGCUGUUAUAGCAGUAACUCUUCUGGCAAUGCAUGGACAUCUGCGGCUGACAUUUGUUGGAAUUGUAUGUGCUGCGUUAACCAUAGGCAUGUAUGCAGCACCUCUAUCUGCCAUGAGAAUGGUGAUAAAGACUAAGAGUGUGGAGUACAUGCCUUUCUUGCUCUCGUUUUUCCUCUUCCUCAAUGGAGGUAUUUGGUCCAUUUACGCCCUUCUCGUCAAAGAUAUCUAUAUCGGAGUGCCUAAUGCUACGGGCUUCGUGCUUGGAUCAGUUCAAUUGAUACUCUAUGCAAUAUAUAAGAGCAAGUCUCCUUCAACCAAGCCACAAGAUGCCAUAGGAGAAGGCUCAGCUCACUCUGUUAAAGGAGACAUAGAAAUGGAUGCAUAUAGUAAUGAUGAAGAGGCUAGUGCGAAGAACAUAAGUCUCGAUAAGGGGAUAAGCCUACCAGUGCCAUCAGUUAAUCGACAAAAAAGCUUGCAAAAGGUUCUAAGAACACUUUCUUUAAAUGCUAAAGAUUUGCAGUAUUGGGCUAUAGAAUAGAGACUGGUGUUGAGAAUGGGGAACAUGAUGAACACCAGCAUGAUUUAACUUUGUUUGUUACACUUAAGAGCGGCAAUUGCAUGUACUGUUUGUAAUAUAAACCUACAAUGAGUAUGGAAGCAAGCUCCCUCACAAGCUUGAUAUCAGUA